UUGUGCUACAUCUGUUUAUGAUGCGUCGGAAUAAAAGUUUAGGGCUUUGAUUUGAAGAGUUCUCUCUUUCUCUCUCCUCUUUCGAUUGUUUCUCUCUCUAGGGUUUUGGGUGUUCUAAGGGAUCGUUGUUGAACAUGCAGCUGACGCUUGAAUUCGGUGGAGGCUUGGAACUUCUUUGUGACUCUAAGAAGAUUCAUAAUGUCAAUAUUGAGCAACAAAAUGGAGAAGCCAAGUUAAUCAUGAAAGAUUUGCUUUCUUGGGUACGGACAAACCUGAUUAAGGAGAGGCCUGAGAUGUUCAUGAAAGGAGACACUGUGAGACCUGGAGUUCUUGUCCUGGUGAAUGACUGUGAUUGGGAGCUAAGUGGUCAGCUGGACACAUCACUGGAAGAGAAAGAUGUGGUGGUUUUUAUAUCAACCCUGCAUGGGGGUUAGAACACAGAUUUUCAAAUGGUUAUCACUUAUUGUUAAACAUAGUUGUUGAAGUCAUUUGGAACCUUGAUAACUAAAAAGUUUGUGGAUGAACAAAGUUACAUAGUCUAGUAUGCAUAAUGCUAUUUAUAGUCCUUAAUUUCACUGAAAUCAAAUUUGUAUUGCAUUACAGUUUUUAGCAGGAAUGAUGUUACUUGUCUGACACUAACAAAGUAAAGUAUUUUGUUUGUUAUGAGAGAUUAUGUUUAUCUUUGGA